GACGCUGCAGUCGUGGUCAGUCCAGCUCUCAGUCUCAGCUGAGCCUGAGCUCUGCUAUCCUUGCAGAGAGCUCAGGCCUCGCGCAACCAUGGCUCUCCUCCGGCUCCAAGAACAGUGCUCGCUCCUCAGAAUCUCCAGCUCCCACCUCCCAAAUCCCCUCAAACCCCCAAGAAAUCCUCGAAGGAACCAACUUUUGCCGCCCAAUGCGGCCAAGGAUGCCGGCCCCUCCGAAAUCACGGUUCCUCGUGCUCCCGGCGCGGCGCCCAAGGCCGCAAUCCCGGCGCGGAAGGCGGCGGCACCUUGGCGGGAAGCCCUCGUCCCCGUCGCCGCCGCGGCCGCGUCCUGGCCGCUCCCUUCCCUCGCGGCGGAGGGCGACGGGAAGGUGAGCCUCGAAUCCAUCGUAGUGGCCAUCGACGACUUCAACAACCGCAACCCCUUCUUCGUGGCCGGGGUCGUGUUCGUGUGGCUCGUGGUGAUCCCGCUGGUGGAGGAGUACGUCUUCAAGAAGUACAAGCCCGUGAGCGCCAUCGACGCGUUCCGCAAGCUCCGCGACGCGCCGGAGGCGCAGCUGCUGGACAUCCGCCGGGGCAAGAGCGUGCGGUUCAUGCCGCCGCCGAACCUGAAGCUUGUCGACAAGAGCGCCGUGCAGGUUGAGUUCGACGAGGAGGACGAGAAGGGGUUCGUCAAGGAGGUGCUGACGAGGUUCUCAGACCCCGCGAACACCGUCGUCUGCGUCCUUGACAACUUUGAUGGUAAUUCUUUGAAAGUUGCUGAGCUACUGAUCGAGAAUGGUUUCAAGGAAGCGUAUGCAAUCAAAGGGGGCUUGAGAGGUCCAGAAGGGUGGCAGGCGGUUCAAGAAAAUUAUCUCCCCCCAUCUGUACAUGUUUUCCCAAGGAGAAAGAAGGGCAAAACUUUAGCUCCUGCAGAUGUGAGCUCUGAUGGAGCAGAUGGUCUGCAAAAGGCAAACAGGGAACCAUUAGAUCCUCCAAGCAGCUUUGUAAUCAAUACAAGCAAUGAAUCCAAAGAUGUUUAUGAAAAUCCUAAUGGAAGUGUGACUGCUGCAAAACAUGCCACUACAAGACCCUUGUCGCCAUAUCCAAAUUACGCUGACUUGAAGCCACCAACAUCUCCAACACCAUCAAAACCGAGUUAAGAGCAAUGCAGGACAAUACAUGUGUGAAACUCAGUCAGAAGGAGUCAUUUCCUGCACAAACAUUUUUGUAUACUUCUAACCAAUGAUGUCUGAGGAGAUCGAUGAGGAUCACAUCAAAAAAAGAGCACAGGCUGCCUUGUUUUUUCUUUUUCCACUGCUAUUGAGGCCAUGGUGAAUUCUUAGUUGUUCUGUAUGUGUUUAAGCUCGUCCAGGUUUGUUGUACUGUUGAUUGGUUGUAAAUUGUAGUGGGGGCGAAAUGACCUUGUGUUUGUGACUUGAAACUUUCUGUGGUUAGUUCUGCAUUUUGUGGUACCUGGUUCAUGCACCUACAUUCAGGUCAAUCUCAGUACAACAGUUGUUAAA